AGAAAAAGCAAGACAGCAGGUUCUAAGCACCUUGGAUAGAAUUAAAUAUUGAAAUUCCCAGAAGAGAUGAAAGAAUUAUAAAUUGCAGCUAACAUAGAGUGAUUCACAACCCAAUCAUAUGGUGCCAAUCCUAGGAUCCAACAUGUCCCAAACACUAAAGUGCAGAACGCAACACCCAAUGAACUCCACUUUGAUGAAGUCACUGUCCCACAAGCCAAAGAACAUACCAUUCAUAAGGUGUUAUGCCAAAAAAUCUGGUGAUGUUGCCAAGAUCAUGGCUUCUGCUACACCUACAGCGGCCCCCAUCACGUUUGGAUUCAGGAAUUUGUUGGAAACCUUCACUGUCGAUGUGCAUAGAGCAGAGAACAGGCCACUGAAUGUGCCAUUAAUUGCCCCUUUUACCAUUGCUACCUCUAGAUUGGACAAGGUGGAGAACGUGGCUAUAAGAGUUGAGUUGAGUAACGGUGCUGUGGGGUGGGGUGAGGCACCAAUUUUGCCUUUUGUCACUGCUGAGGACCAAACCACGGCCAUGGCCAAGGCUUCUGAGGCAUGUGCCUUCUUGAGGAGAUGUCCUGCUCUAACAUUGGGUUCCAUGUUGGGGGAGAUUGCUGCUAUUCUUCCAGGGCAUCAAUUUGCUUCGGUUAGAGCUGGGGUGGAGAUGGCGAUAAUUGACGCUGUUGCAAAUAGUAUUCGUGUGCCAUUGUGGAGGCUUUUUGGCGGGGCUUCAAAUACCAUAACCACUGAUAUUACAAUCCCGAUUGUUUCUCCAGCUGAAGCAGCUGAAUUGGCUUUUAAGUACUAUAAAGAAGGAUUUAAGACAUUAAAGCUGAAAGUGGGCAAGAAUCUAAAUGUAGACAUAGAAGUGCUUCAAGCUAUACGUGUUGCGCACCCUGAGUGUCAUUUUAUUCUUGAUGCUAAUGAGGGGUAUAACUCUGAGGAAGCAGUGGAAGUUCUUGAGAAAUUACACGAUAUGGGGUUGACUCCUGUCCUAUUUGAGCAACCAGUUCAUAGAGAUGAUUGGGAUGGUCUUCGAUAUGUGAGUAAUAUAGCAAGAGAGAGGUACGGAGUAUAUGUUGCAGCUGAUGAGAGUUGCAGAAGCAUAGAUGAUGUUUACAAAAUUGCGGAAGGGAAUCUUUUAGAUGUCAUUAACAUUAAGCUUGCAAAAGUUGGGGUAAUGGGUGCCCUAGAAAUUAUUGAAAAGGCAAAAGUAGCAGGAUUAGAUUUGAUGAUUGGUGGUAUGGUUGAGACUAGACUGGCUAUGGGUUUUGCUGGCCAACUUGCUGCUGGCAUUGGCUGUUUCAAGUUCAUUGACCUAGACACACCACUUUUGCUGGCAGAUGAUCCGGUUCUUGAAGGCUAUGAAGUUUCAGGUGCCACUUAUAAGUUCACAAACGCUAGGGGACAUGGUGGAUUCCUUCACUGGGACAAUAUUGCUGAAUAUUAGAGAUGUUUACGGGAACACAAGAUCUGGAAAGCAUAAAUAGGCAAGUACUUGGUGAGAAGGUUAAUGAACCUGCCUAAUUAAACAGCCAUAUAUACGUGAAGUUUUCUUGUCCGAAAGGAGUAGAUAACUAGUAACGCCCAAUUGACAAUUGCUGUGUUUUCACUUAUUCGAUUCCUCAUCGUAUGUAUUCUGGGAAAGAAACUGGCAAAUAGUGACCACGAAUAUGAUAUGAGAUUCAGGGUGGACACAGUCAGGUUGGGUCGGAAUAUUUAGAUUCAAACCCAAUAAUAUUAUUCGGUUUUGAUUGCAAA